AGGAAAUGAACGGUUUGAUGCUACAAACUACGGAUGCUGGGCAGACAAGGAAAACCAGAAAAACAGGUUGUCGUCACGUGCACGAAGAUCGCGCCAACAAUACAUAAAUGUGACUUUUUUUAAUAAUGUAAAAACACUUGUCCCUGCGCGUUCAUACGUUCAUCAUGGCGAGGAAUGUUGUGUGUUGCCGGUCGUGGGGAACAAAACUUCUUCUUAACGGAAGGUCAUCGAAUACUCGAACAUUGCUAUUUUCAUUAAGAAGAGGUAGUCACAGCAUUGCUGAAGUUUCAAGGACUGCCACAAUUUCUCCUGAAAGGGAUCACACCUCCACCAGUCCCGACAAAACAGUUAGUGGAUUGAGCUUCAACGACGGCAAAAACGCGUUCCGAUCGAAAACGACGUGGGAGAUUGUUCGGGCUUUGGCCAUAUUUAGACUGUGCACCUUCGAUAUUCUAGUGAAUAAGAACAAAGAGUUGCUUCAGUUUGGUCAAAAGAUUCUUGGAAAGCAUUUGUUCAGGAAGUUAAUGAAGGCCUCUUUUUAUGGUCAUUUUGUGGCUGGUGAAGAUCAAGAAGCAAUCAAGCCAGCUAUUUCUAAUUUGGAGAAGUUUGGAGUUGGUGCAAUUUUAGAUUAUUCUGUGGAAGAGGACUUGUCAGAAAAUGAAACCAAAAGUCACAUGGGACAAAAUACUGAAGAUUCUGUAGAUCCAUCAGAUGAACACGACAAAUUCAAACCACAUGAAGAAUUUGCAGAUAGGAGGAAAGGAGUGUACAGUGCUCGGACAUAUUUUUAUGAAGGGGAAGAAGAGUGUGAAAAGAGAGUCGACACAUUCUUGAAAUGCAUUGAUGCAGCAGCAAGUGCUUCCAAGGAUGGCUUUGCUGCAAUCAAGGUUACAGCCUUAGGAAGGCCUCAGAUACUUAUGCGAAUCUCAGAAAUUCUGAAUCAGACACAGUACUUCUUUGAUCAUCUGGCUUCAGAUUCUGUCUUGAUGGAUAAGAUUGGAAACAGUGUUGCCAGAGACAAGUUCUUUGAAGGCCUGAAAACACUUGGGGUUGAGAUGAGUCCAGAAGAAGCAAACAGAAUAUUUGACUUAAUUGACACCAACAAGUCAGGCGAUAUUGAUGUCAUAGAAUGGCAUGAGUUCUUAACCCCGCAGCUGAAACUUUCUCAGUUAUUCAGGGCAAAGCCACAGGGUGAUGAGAAGUCAGGAAGGCCGAUAAUUUCAGCUCUGACAGAUGAAGAACUUAUUCAAAUGGAAAAUAUGGCAAACAGACUAACAACUCUUGCUGAGCAUGCUUCAAAAACUGGUGUGAGGCUUAUGGUUGAUGCUGAGCAAACAUACUUUCAACCUGCCAUAAGACAUCUCACUUUAGACUUGAUGAGGAAGUUUAACAAGGAAACACCACUUGUGCUGAACACAUACCAGUGUUAUUUAAAGGACACCUACACAAAGAUACAAACAGACAUGGAAUUGGCAAGACGGGAAGGAUACAUGUUUGGUGCCAAGCUUGUGCGAGGUGCUUACAUGGAGCAAGAGCGCCUUAGGGCCAGCACAAUAGGCUACCCUGACCCAAUCCACCCAAGCUACAAGGCAACCAGCAAAUGUUUUGAUGAAGUUUUGAAUGCUGUGUUAGAGGAAACCAAAAGAGGAAAUGCUAAUGUUCUUGUGGCAACUCACAAUGAGAAUUCCAUCAAGGUGGCCAUCAACAGGAUGCAUGAGUUGGGAAUUUCACCUCAGGAAAGGAAAGUCUUCUUUGGACAGCUCUUUGGAAUGUCUGAUGCAAUUUCAUUUACUUUAGGUAAUGAAGGGUAUGCUGUGUACAAGUAUGUCCCAUUUGGGCCUGUGGAAGAUGUUCUGCCAUACCUCUCGCGAAGGGCCAUGGAAAAUAAAGGCCUCUUAAAGGGGGUGCUCAAAGAGAGAGGCCUGCUCUGGGGAGAACUUAAAAGGAGGUUCCAAGAGGGAGAGCUGACAUACAACCCAGCACUGUGAGAUGAUGUUGGUUCUUUAAAAAAGAAGCCACUACUCUAGGAAGCAGACCUUGCUUUCAACAGUUUUUCAAACUAGAGUUCCUUUGACCAUACUAAUUAAAAUUCAUACUAGGACAACCAUAAUAAUAGGAACAUAAUUUGAUUACAGUCACAAUUGUUUGUAUAUAAAUAUAAUUACACAUAAUUUUUAAAAAAUUAAGCAAUUCAAGACGUUGUAACAAUCUUUAGAUGCCAUAUCCAAGACUUGUUUUGCUUAUUUAUCCAAAUUUGAAACUCCUUUUGUAGUCCACAUUUGUUGGAAUUCAAAAUUUGGCAAACACUUACUGUGUUUGUUGGAAUUGUCUAUCCAUUAUUGACAAGAUGUGGCUUUAAGUGUAGCUUAGUGAAAUAACCUUAAGGUUCUAACAAUGAUCUGGACCUGAUACCUUGUUCAGUAUCAGUUUAAUGAAGGAAACUGUACAUCAGUCCAUUUAAGAGUAUGUUGUUGUAUGUAUAUUCAUUCCAUACACAAGAAAUGCAACAAGUGCUGUGCUCCAUGUUUGCUGCCAAGGGUAAAAACAGUCAUUAAGUUUUGAUGUAAGGUAAAAUAAUACUACAAAUUUUACAUCCUAGGACAGAUUAUGUUCAUACUUUUUUUUUAGCAAUGGAAAGUAAGAUUUGCAGUUUAAUUAAUACAGUAAUGUGGCAAAUUUUUUUGCAAACUUUUUUUAGGUAUUGAUGUAGGAAAAUAAGCUUACAGAAAUAUUUGUUCAUGAAAAAGGUGCUUGAGGGCAGUAAUGAGUAAAUUUACCACUGGAUUCUUUAUUCAUCCAGUUAAUUAAUAUAGUCUGAAGGAAAUUGUAUUAGCAAGUAUUUCUUUAUGGAGUACCUUAUUGAUUUUUGAGUUUAUUUAUUCCUGAGAGUUGUAAAUGUCACAGUCAGUGUUGAGAAUAUAAAUUUGGAAGAUUAUUUUAAAAUAGUACCGAAUGGGUGAUAUAACAUUAAAAGUUGAAAUCAAUGGGGCGAGAUACUAAAUACAUGCAUUAAGUGGGGGUGGGGUUUACUUUCCUCCUGUGUCACUUGGGACAUUGCUUAAUGUUUAGGAUUUUAAUAUUUAAAAUCAUCUUUGCAAAUAUUGUUCAGUACUAGAGGAAUGUUUUAAUUCUGGAAUGAUGUCAUUAGUGGUACUCUGAAAUUUAAUGAAAAAUAUUACAUUCAUAAUUCUACUAUAGAAAAUUAGAUUCUGCUGUUUUCCAAUUAUUUUUAAUAUUGAGUAUGCUGGUAUCUGGAAAAUGAUUGGGGUAUUUUCAGGUCUAGGUAACUAAAGAAGAAUCCAGUCAAGGAAAAACACAAAUAAUUGUAAAUUGUAUAUAGAAAUUAGCAUUGGCUCUUCAUCUAUAGCUUAAGGGUACACUUGUCUCCUCUAGUUAGGAAUGGUGAAUGGUAACUUAAAUUUGGGGUGAUACAAAUUUCUGGUCAGAUAUUGAAAUUCUCUAAACCUUUAAGUUGACUUGCAAAGUGAUGUAUUUCUUUCAAAGUUUUUAAGAGUCUGGGAUUUGCUAUUCCACCAGGGUGUGGAUGUAGAGUAGCUUAGAGUGAUGGUUGUUAGAAUAGCAAUUUGUGUAUGAUUAUUUUCAUUUGUCUUUUUAAAACAUUGCAAUGUAGAAGUCAAGGUAUAUAAGGAAAUGAAAAAGAGAGCAUAUUGACAUUAAUCUGAUUGUAAGGAUUGUAAUAUUGAUAUGUCUGGGUUUUGGACUUUGGAACAGAGGUUUUGAAGUCUUGCGAGUCUUGGAUUUUAUCAUCUAUAAACCCCCUUUUGUAAUAGAUGGUAAUGUCUUUGUCUGAGUUAUUGUUCCCAACACUAAUAUCCCAUUUUUAAGAUGUCUUUGCCUGCAAAUCAGAGCCAGGCCAAGGUGCAUGUCCAUUCAUGUGAAAAUCAGUCCAAUUUGGGUGUCAGUAAAAUAGGUAAAUGAUGUAAUAAAGACUUACUAAGAUAAUCAAAAUAAAGGCACAUGAGAAAUGGACUAGUCAAGUAUGAGAUAAAUUAAUUACGCUUGGAAUAAACAUUUUCAAUAGGGGUAAAAUACGGUAUGUUUACUGAAAUGUUGUAAAUAAUUGGUGUCCUCAAUGAAUGAUCAAAUAAAAACAUGGUGUUUACACUUCCA